CCAAACAAUCGAUCUCCUCUCAACAAAUCCAUACUUUAGUGACUUCAAGCUGGAUGACGCGGUGACCAGAGUUCAUCUGACGCUGUUAUUACCUGCAGCGGGGACAAAAGGUGAGUCAUGCGCAAAGUCCAGCUGACCAAUCAGCGCUCAGGAUCGACUCCAGGAAACACAGUCCAGUCGUUUCCAGCUCAGCCCGAAGUGAAACAAACAGCUGCUGCUUCACCUGAGACAACCAGCUACUUCACCUGAGACAACAACCAGCUGCUUCACCUGAGACAACCUGCUGCUUCACCUAAGACUACAACCUGCUGCUUCACCUGAGACAACCUGCUGCUUCACCUGAGACAACCAGCUGCUUCACCUAAGACUACAACCUGCUGCUUCACCUGAGACAACCUGCUGCUUCACCUAAGACUACAACCUGCUGCUUCACCUGAGACAACCAGCUGCUUCACCUGAGACAACCAGCUGCUUCACCUGAGACAUCUCUUGGCUCUGAUCCGGACGGUGGCGCAGAGCAGCGAUGGUUUGCGGAGGAUUCAUUUGCACCAAGAACGCGCUUUCUGCGCUCAACGUCGUUUAUGUGAUGGUGAGUCUGCUGAUGGUCGGGGUGGCUGCCUGGGGGAAAUGGUUCGGCCUGGUCUCCAGCAUCAGCUUGGUGGCGGCCGUCAUCGGAGUGGGCGUCUUCCUGCUGCUGGUGGCCUUCGUGGGGCUUUGCGGCGCCUUGAAGCACCAGCAGGUUCUGCUCUUCUUCUACAUGAUGAUCCUGUUUGUAGUGUUUGUGUUGCAGUUCUCCAUCUCCUGCGCCUGCCUGGCUCUCAACUCGGAGCAGCAGAACCAGCUGCUGGAGGUGGGCUGGAACAAGUCCGAGGCGACCCGGGAAGACGUGGAGAGAACUCUGGACUGCUGCGGCUUCUCUUCCGUUAACCAAAGCAGCUCCUGCCCCGCUCGAUGCUUCGACCCGGAGUCCUGCAGCAGCUGCUCACUGAUCCUGCAGCAGUACGCCGGCGAGGUGCUGCGCUUGGGCGGCAUCGGCCUCUUCUUCAGCUUCACCGAGAUUCUUGGCGUGUGGUUGACCCAUAAGUACAGGAACCUGAAGGACCCUCGAUCGAACCCCGGAGCCUUUCUGUAGCCGCUCUGACCCCAGUGACCCCAACAUGCACUGCUGCGAUUCCUGUGGCUCUGUCUGUGGAAAUGUUUGUCUGAAUGUGCCUUUAAUUUGAUUCACUGCAGCGUCUGUUGCGUCCGUCUGACCGCUGUGUGCGGCGUCUCUGCUUUUCUGUCACCAUCAGUCUCUGUUGAAGCUCAUCGUUGUUUUUCUGUUGGACUUUAAAGUGGAAAUGAAGUUCGAUGCACACCGACCCUUUGAGUUGAAAAGAAAAUGAAUUCCUUUCAAAGCAGUGAAAUCAAUUUUCUCUGCAGGUUUUUAAAGUGAUUUGUUGUUUAAAACUGAAGGAAUAAAUGAAGAAUAAAGAUGA